AUGAAAGGGAACACCUUAUCUCCGAGCACAUGGCUGGGGAGACACUCGCGCCUUCGAAGAACAGCUGGCAUGACCAACACACCUGCCGCCAUUUACCGUAAGGUUCACUAUCCCCUGUGCCCAUGCAAUUUGGGGAGGGUGAUCAUAGCGGUCUCGCGAGUGACACAGAAGCAUAGAGGCGAGUUUCGUUUGCUCGUGUCGGGCUGCGGGACUCAGAGCCGAGUGUCGGCGCCGAGUCCCCCUCCCCUCACUCGCUUCCUUCUAGUAUCAAUCCAGGCGCUGCUCGGGCAGAGUGGCUUUCGCUUGCAUCGGGAAGCUGGAGAUCAAUAUGGCGAUGCCCAGUGUCCUCAUCUUUGCUCGUUCCUGGUGAUUCACCCACUGUUAUCGCUGGAAGUCGUGGUGAGUCAGCAACACCCAACAGCUACAGAGUAUAGCGUGGAUGACGUCAUUGGACGCCAAGUGACGUCACACGACGCGUUUCUCGUCCGCGGGAGUUGUGUUUACAACAUGUGUGGGGGAGAAGAUGAUUCCCUCUCUGGUCCCUUCUUCGUCCGGGAGCCCCCAAGCCGAGUGGAUUUCUCCAACACGACUGGCGCUGUGGUGGAAUGUGCUGCGAGGGCAUAUCCCGGCCCUGAAGUCGUCUGGGUUCGACUCGAUGGAUCGUCCGUCAGGGAUGUCCCCGGUUUACGACAGGUGCUGCCGAAUGGAACGCUCAUCUUUCCACCGUUUCGAUCGGAAGAUUACAAGCAGGAAGUGCACGCUCAAGUCUACCGUUGCUUGGCUCGCAAUCAAAUCGGCACCAUUCAAUCCCGAGACGUUCACGUUCGAGCUGUGGUAAGUCAGCCGUAUUCAGCGCACGUGUCGCCCGAGGAGUUCGUGAUCCGAGGAAAUACAGUCCUCCUCAAGUGCCACGUUCCCUCCUAUCUCUCCGACUUCCUUCUCGUUACCAGCUGGCUUCUCGACGACUCCGUCGAUAUCUACCCCGAGAAUCGCAACUAUGGUAAUGAUGUGUCAGAGACACGCAGGGCAGCAAUUGGAUUGACUCUCACCAAGGAUUCUAUCCCUCGUGUAGGAGCAGCGACUGAUGAUCUCUUUCAGGGGACCCUCCACGACGUUGUGGGGCAGCAGUAUUCCACUGACGUGAAUAAAGAGCAUGUGAUACUGGGGAAUUCGGCUCUUCUCAAGUGCGUCGUCCCCAGUUUUGUGGCUGAUUUUGUGAGCGUCCUGGCCUGGGAGGACGACAAGGGCACUAAGAUCUAUCCCUCCGAUUCCUAUGUCGUGAGUCAGAAUUACGUGACAGAGGUGAAUAACGAGCAUGUGAUGUUGGGGAACGCAGCCGUCGUGAAAUGCGUCAUCCCGAGUUUUGUGACCGAUUUCGUGGAUGUGAUGGCAUGGGAGGACUCCGACGGGAAUAAGCUCUAUCCAUCACAGCCUCAUGUCGUGAUCCAGUUCUACGAACCAGAAGUCCUCGGCACGGAGUAUGUGAUUCGUGGCAACACGGCUCUCCUCAAAUGUACCAUUCCUUCCUUUGUGGCCGAUUUCGUCGACGUGGACGCCUGGCUUUCCGAUUCCGGCGAUAUCUAUCGCUCCUUCACAGAGAACCUGCAUGGUAAUACUGGCGCUGCCGAACUCGGACCUAUCAGUACUAAUCCGCCUUCCUCCCCCCGAUUACUUGCAGUGGUAUCUCAGCCUUUCGAAGUGGAAGCGGACAACGAAUACGUCAUGCGGGGCAAUGACGCACUUCUCAAAUGCGAGAUCCCGUCGUUUGUAGGGGAAUUUGUAGAAGUGAGAGCCUGGGAAGACUCGGAUGGAAGGAAUUUUUAUCCCGGAUCGAGCUCUGGUAAAAAUGACCGAAUUUCUCCCAUUUCAGUGGUACUUCAGUCCUACGAGACAGAGCCGGAAAACGAAUUUGUGAUUCGUGGCAACACGGUUGUGCUGAAAUGCAAAAUUCCUUCACACAUGGCCGAUAUCCUCCAAGUUUCCAGCUGGGAGGAUUCGGAUGGUCUUGUCUAUUCCUCCAACGCCCCCUCCCAUGGUAAUUGCUCCAUUCAUCCCAGGCUUCCUUCCCCACUGAUGGAAGUUUCCCUUGCAGUGGUGGCACAGGAUUAUCUGACUCGAGUCAUCGAUGAGAUGGUUCUCCGUGGGAACACCGCCAGUCUCAAAUGCCUCAUCCCUAGUUUCAUCGGAGACUUCAUAGUUGUUACUUCGUGGGAGGACUCUGAGGGUCACCUGUACUCCUUCGGGGGGACCUACGUGGUGUUUCAGCAUUACGAGGCACAGGUCUACGAUGCCUACGCCAUCCUUGGGAAUACCGUCAUCCUCAAAUGUCAGAUCCCUCCCUUCGUCUCAGAUUGGCUUCAGGUGUUGUCUUGGGAGGAUUCCAAUGGUCAUCUCAUUCAUCAUGAUGGGAAAUAUCUGGUGUUACCAUCUGGAGAACUCCAGAUCCGAGAUGUGGGUCCUGAGGAUGGUUACAAGAGUUACAAAUGCCGUACUGUCCAUCGCCUGACAGGUGAAACCCGCCUCUCAGCAACUGCUGGGAAACUUGUCAUCACUGAACCACGUGGGAACCUUCAGCCAACAUUGAAGGACAGCAAGGUUGGCAGUAUACGGGAAGAAAUUCCUAGUGGUGGGGCUGAACCACGUUCAGAUUUGGCUCCACGGCUUGCGGAUUCUCGCUUCCGAAGUGCCAGUCAAGUGGAGGUUUUUGGAGAAACUGCUGCCAUUCCAUGUCAUGUCCAGGCAUAUCCUAUCCCAACAUUCAGGUAUCAGUUCUAACCCAGAUCUACUGUAGCCCCAAGGUAUGCAGGGAUAAAGAUUGAUCAGCUGGGUGCAGUGAUUCACAUUGCUGAAAGAGGUGAUGCCUUUCUUACAUGUGGAGCCCCUGCCUUCCCACCACCUUUGUUCAGGUCAACAGUGAUGCCAAAGUACUCAGGAAAGAAGUUUGAAGGUGGGGAAUUACUCACAGUUGAUGAGAAUGUUGCUGCUCACCUCCAGUGUGAAGCACCAGGAUUCCCUCCACCACUUUUCAGGCAAGAUGAAUUGUCUUAUCAGUUCACUAUACUGUCUCCUCUAAAAGAACCUCGUUCGGAUUCCAGUCCUAAGCGAAAGGAAGCAAAGAUUGGUAUUUUCAUGGGAAUGGAAGAUAGAAGCAUCUCUUUGGAGUGUGAUGCCCAGGGAUAUCCCCCUCCAUCAUCCAGAUGGUACAAGCUGACACCAGAGGGAGUGAGAGAAGAAGUAGAACUCAAUGAUCGUGUGAAGCAAGUCGGAGGCACUCUCAUCAUAAAGGAAGCCAAAGUGCAAGACUCUGGGAAGUACCUGUGUCAUGUCCAAAAUUCAGUGGGGGAAGAAACUGUCGAAACAGUCCUCACCGUCACUGCACCCCUGUCAGCAACUUUAGAGCCCACAAGCCAAACAGUGGAUUUUGGAAGACCAGCCACAUUGUCUUGCAGUGUAUCAGGAAAUCCAAUUCAAAACAUCACCUGGUUCAAGAAUGGCGUACAGAUCAGUAACACUGGAGGAGUCUACAAGAUUGCCUCUAUUCAAAAAGAAGACAAGGGCAUGUACCAGUGUUUUGUGAGAAAUGACCAUGACAGUGCUCAAGCCACAGCUCAGCUCAAGUUGGGAGGACGAUGUGA